GUUCUUGUUAAUUAUUUCAUUCCUAAUCGGGCAAUCUAAUAAUACAAAGUCGUUAUCUAAAAACACAACUGAGUCCUACAUUUUGAGUAUAAAAUAAACCGAAAUAUAUGGUUAUUUCGAUGUUUUUGCAAAAAACCGGUUCCGAUCCCUGAUACAAAUACUUCAAUAUUUUGAAAACAUCCAUGGCUCGGCUCACGAACAAAUAUCUGUGCUCAUCACACAAAUAAACGCCCUUACCGGGAUUCGAUCCCAGGGCCAUCGGCUACCUAGCACGGUCACUACCCACUAGGCCAGACCGGUUGUCAAACCUGUUACUUCAGAAACAUAGCGGCGAAGAAGUAAAAACAACAUUUCGAUGAGUUUCUUCAUAAUCAUGUUCACAUUCCAGAUUAAUACAAGUGCGUCUCAAACCCAUGGGCACCCUAGCGCCUCACCCCAGCGCCCAGCAUCCAGUACUGCGCCACCUUCCCUGGCUGCCACUUGUACUUACACACAGACUGACAAACACACAACAUAUCCGACGAACCAUAUCAUUUGAACAUGGAAUCUAGUUGGUGACAGUGUUAGUGAAUGUGCAUUGCAUUGGAUUGCUAUUUUUGCGAUGAGGUAGUGUAAGCGGUCGCAUGGGCAGCCUGCCGGACUUGACGGAGCGGUCGCGGCCAGCAUCCGUGCGCACUGCAGCCCGCACGGUCUCUGAUCCACAUCGGCACCAUGCUAUCAAACAAAUUCCUGUGAGCACAAUAUACAAGAAAGAAUGGCUCUGGAAGAAGCCAAAAUCCUCAACCAGAGCGCCCGCAAUUCCCACAUCAUCCCGCCGCCGGGACUCCGUGGCCUCAUCCGUUGGUGCCGCUUCAGUCCGCCGGCUCAUCGCUCGCCAACCUCCCAAGAUCCCCAAGCCCGUCGUCCAACGAUUCACCCUCCUCUGUGUAGCCAGUGGCCUUUGCGCAACUGCCCUGCUCCCUUUCACAGCCUUCGCAGGCGCGGAAGCAGGAGCAAUGCCUCUAGCAGUCAUGCAUACGGUAGCAGCUUUAGUAGCACCAUUCUCCCCUUUAAUUCUUCAAAAGACUGGGACUAGAGUAGUCGUCACUGUAGCGCACGUUUUAGUCUGUAUAUUAUUAACAGCGCAUACAGCUGCUACUCCUCUUUCUGUGUUACUUCCUCUUUAUGGUGCUUGCGGUUUCGCUUUGUCUCCGAUGUCGCUUGCGUUGUGUGCGUCAGCGACUACAUUAGCUCAAGCAGCGGGCGAUGAAUGUAGACGGAAGAUAGCUUUGAGGAGAGCUCUGCGGGCGCUCCGGGCAGCGCAGGAUCUAGGGCUGGUAUGUGGGUCACUGCUGCUCGGCGGAGCGCUCCUCAUCUGGCCUGAAGACAUGACGCCGGCACUGUUCACGGCUGUGCCUACAAACGCGUCGAUGCCGGGGUGGCCGCCGCCUGAUGACUCGUAUUUUCCGGAUGAAGAAUAUGAGGAGCAAACUUGCGGAGCAGCAGGCUGCCCCGACGUCCAAUCCCUCUCCGGCACCACCUUAACCUCUGACGGCCGCCGAGCGCUUGUCGCCGUCUGGGCACUGCUCUCUCUAGUUGCCAUAGGCCUGGGCGUCUAUGGCGCCACAUCAGCACCCGCGCCGCCGCCCGAUGCAAGAUCUAUUGUGCGGGAUCCAAGAGCGCUGCUUAGUUUCCCGAUGGGGCUAUUCAUUGGGCUUCAACAGGGAUUUAUUUAUACGUCUUAUAUUAAGUGGUAUGGUGUCUGUGUCGGUGGCUGGACGUGCGCGUGGCGGGCUCUCUGCGGCGCAGGCUGCCUGCAAGCCUUAGCCGCCGCCACGCUAAGCAUGGCUGCCGCGCGAGGCAGAAGAGGGGCGCUGGCGGCUGGAGGCGCCGCGGCACAUGCCUCACUGAUGCUGGCACUGUUAAGGUGGCGAGCGGCGCGCACGGAUUUAGCCCUGCCUGCUGUCGCUGCUGCGGCGUGGGGCGCCUGUGCUGCGUUAUGGGACGUUCUACAGUCGGGCAUCUGCAUUGGCGGGCCAGGCUGGCGCGGCCCCUGGUCCCUGACCCUCGCGGCGCGCCACGCCGGGCUGGCCCUAGCGUGCGCGGCGCGGCAGCUUUUAUGCGCGCGCUUCCAAAUUGUUGCGCUAGCUAGCGCGCUGGUCGCCGCGCUAGUUAGCCAAGUCGCGCUGGAGCUGCGACUGCGGCCCAGUGAGGCGCAAAGACACAGGUCCUAGCGAAGGGCCACCAUGACGACAACCACGACCUCUUUCAUCGCGACGUCAGACGACGUCGACGUACACGUCAUCAGUUAGCCGCGAACGCGUGACGUCACUCAUGACGUCGCUAGUGUGGAUAGCAAGACAUCUGUGAAGAAAGUUGUGAGUUAAGUGUUCAAGCACUAACAGACGGGCGUACCGGACCGCGACCUUGGUACGAUCCGAGGCCUGUGCAAUCGAGAAGCUUCGCCGUACGUACGUCCGUUAAGGACACGGCGGCUAUGUGUGCGAAAGCAAGAAAGAUAUAAGCUGACCGGACCAAUGUGGCCGUCCGGUAAGCCUGUCUGUUACCACCAGGCCACUCCGUGACCUCAACGAUAGUUCAGAAGCAGGACAUCUGUGAAAAAAGUUGUGAGUUACAUAAGUAUUAAAAGGACUUUGAAAAAUAGGUUAAGUUUUAAAGUGUUUACUGUAGACGUAACAUUUACGCAAUGUUGGCAGAUUGGUAGUGUCAAGAUAUUUUAAUAAAAACCGGCCAAGAGCAUGUCGGGCCACGCUCAGUGUAGGGUUCCGUAGUUACUCUUCCGUCACAAUAAGCUAAACUGGAGCUUAAAGUAUAGUAAACUGUUAACCAAGGGAUGAAACGGUACCUUUCACCCGAGUUAAACAAAUAGGCAAAUUUGCAUAAUCAGUACCUAAUUAAAGUAAGUCUUUUUACUAUGAAGGGAAAACUUUUUGCGAUAACUCAAAAACAGCUAAACUGAUCAUGUCCGCUAUAGUUUUCAUUUAAUGUCUUUCUUAAGCUCUACUUUCACGAUUUUUUUCAUAUUUUUUGGACCUAUGGUUCAAAAGUUAGAGGGGGGGGGACACAUUUUUUUUUUCGGAGCGAUUAUCUCCGAAUAUAUUCAAUUUAUCAAAAAAUGUUUCUAGAAAACCCCUAUUAGUUUUGAAAGACCUUUCCAACGAUACCCCACACUCUAGGGUUGAAGCGAAAAAAAAAAAUUAACCCCCACUUUACGUGUAGGGGAGGUACCCUAAAAAAAAUUAAAUUUUUAGAUUUUAUUGUACGACUUUGUCGGCUUUAUUGAUUUAUAUAUCCAUGCCAAAUUUCAGCUUUCUAGCACUAACGACCACGGAGCAAAGCCUCGGACAGACAGACAGACAGACAGACAGACAGACGGACAUGGCGAAACUAUAAGGGUUCCUAGUUGACUACGGAACCCUAAAA